AAUGCUAAGCUAAAAUAAAAAUUGUUAAGCAUAUUCAAUCAGUUUGUUAAUUAAUUAAUUUAGCUUUUAAGCAAGAAAAUGGAAAGAUUUAAAUAAUUCGACUAUUUUAGAAAGGUGUAGGAUGACUUAAAGUCAGAAAAAACUCUAAUUGGAGGAUUAAUAGGAUUUUCAACUAUUUUUUUAGUGAUUACAUUAGUCAUCUACGAGACAUACUAAGUUUUUUUUGGAAAUUACAAAACUUUUCCUUUUAUCAACAAUUAUAAUCCUAAUGAAAAAGUAAGAGUCAAUUUAAACAUUACAUUUGAAGAAAUAUUUUGCAAGGCUCUAAGCGUAGAUUAUCAAGAUGUUAGCGGAGCUCAUCUUGAAGAUAUGCAUUGGACAGUACAUAAAAUUAGACUAGAUUAAUUCGGAAAAUUUAUAAAUUAUGAUUCUGCUAAUGAUAUCAAGAAGUAAGAGUAGAAAUUCUAUCCUGGCAAUCCAUUCUUUGAAGCAGUUAAAACAAAUAACUAGGUGUAAAAUCAAUUUUCUAAUAGCGUAUCUUGUUAUGGAGCAGAGCUGUAUGAAGGAUAAAUUUGUUUAACUUGUUCUGACGUGUUAAUCGCUUUUGCUUAAAGAGGAUGGCCUUAACCUAUGAAAGAAUAAAUCAGCUAAUGCAAUGAAGGAACAAAAGAAAAUUUUAAAACUGUUUAGAUGCUUGAUGGAGAGGUUAAAUAGAGCAACGCUGUUAAUGUGUUCAGACCACCUCCUGAUCAAAAUAAUUUAAUAGAGAUUUUAUAGAGAACAAAUAUUGUAGAGUAAAUUAAAAGCUAGAUAGAUCCUAGAAUAUAUGAUGUUAUGGAUGAAAAUGAUACACAAUUUUUUAAUCAAAUACUAGCAGAAUUAAAUGAAAUUUAGUUUAACCCAGAAGAAAAUUCAUUAAUGCAAUAAAAUUAUGAAAUAACUUCUAGAGUGUAGUAAAUUUAGAUUUUGAUUUAAAAGUAUUAUAUUUAAUUGCAAGCCAUAAAGCCUAAAGAGAUUAGUCUUUAAACAUCUGCUGACUAUUUAAACUUAUCCGAGAUACCUUCUACCAAAAAAGUUUUAUUUUAAAUGCAAAUUAGCAGACCAGUUUGCAAUGAAUCUAUUGUUUAUAAAGUUAGAUUAAAUUCUACUCUCAGCUAAAUUCAAAACAGUGCUUAAACGUCAGAAUUUUUUAAAAAUGAAGGACUUUAAACUAUGAAUGAAAGAGAAUGCAUUCACAUAUUUCCUAUUUUUAUAGAGAAAAGCCCUUAUAACCAAAUGAGUAUUCUUCUUUCAAUUCCUGAUUUUGAUGUUUAGUAACAAUAUAUUUUUGAGGAAAAAAAUUGGAGCAUAACAUUGGAGUUGAUUAAAGACUCAACCACUUAAAAGUUUAUAAGCCAAAAUAAUAAAAAAACUAUUCACAUUCAAUUUAUUCCUUAGAAUUUAAACGAGUAAAUCAAUUAAACUGAAUAGAAAUAUGGACAAUAAGAUAACUCACAAAAUGAAUUAAUCCAAGAAGAAUCUUUACCAAAUAAUACCGAAUAAUAAUAACAGUAACAAUAAGACUAAGUAUAAAACACUUAAUAAGAUGAAAACUAACAUGAUUAGGGAAAGAAGAGAGUCUUAUUCUAACAAAAUUACGGUCAUGAAACCAUCACCGGAGAUAGAGUAUUUUCCUAACAAACAUUAAUUGAAAUGUAAUAAUAAUUAAAUCAAAGAGAAAAGUGCCAAAUAUAUGGUCAUUUUUAUGUUAAGAAAGUUCCAGGCAACUUCCAUGUCUCAUUCCAUAAUGAGGGUUUACUUUUGAUGAACUCUAAUCUAAUUUUCAACUUAAGACACACCAUUCAUACUCUAGAAUUUACUACAGAAGAUGGAUCUUUGACAUUAGGAAAGUAUACUAAAUCUUCAAAUCCUCUUGAUAAAACAAUUCACAAUCCUGGUCAUGGAAUGGAUACUGAUUACUAUUUAAAAGUAGUAAAUACUGUAUUCGAAAAUAUGCUUAGUGAACAUAACAACAUAUAUUCAUUUACUUCAUUAGAAACUAGUGGUGUUAGAGACUUUAGAUUACCAUCUGUAAAUUUCAGAUAUGAAUUUGACCCUAUUACAGUGCUUCACUACAGAAAAAGUAGAUCUUUAACUCAGUUUAUUGUUACUCUUUGUGCUAUUGUUGGAGGUUCUAUAGCAAUAUCUAAAUACAUUUAUACUCUCUUGAUCAAGUGA